UUUUUUACAAAUGGCUGCUGCAGCUGUAUCAAACUUAUUGUGAUAGUCUGUUUUCAAUCUAAAAUAAUAUUUUAUUUAAGUGUUAUUAAUAUUAAAGUGCUUGUAAAUACUAGGGUAACCUGUAAUAGUGUGAAUCUCAUUCCUUCUAGUGAAUAGUGGCCAUUAAACGAUAAAUCUCUAUGGAUGGUGAACACCACUGGUAUGACGAUGAACGAUUAUACCAAUCAAGAGACAGCGAUGAGAGCCCCAUCUUGUCUCAUAGAUAUGACAAAACCCGUCAUUUAUCACCAUACUCCUCGCCGAAGUUCGAGGAUCGGGAGAGACGGUCCACCCUGACAUUGCUGGCCAAGUUCUUUCUCUUCUGCACAGCCAUGAUACUCUUCUGUGUCCUUCUGUAUAUACCUGUUUAUAUUAAGGCCAACGAUCAAAUUUCUAAAGCUACAGUCGCGGGCUGGUCGAUGCACACAAACCGCGAUACAAAAGUGUACAUACAACCCAACAACGUGACCACGAUACACGCCCCAACAGACAUUUGUACGAAAAAACAAAAAGACAAACUGUUCCUACUCAUAGUGGUAUGCUCAGCCACCGUCCACUUCGACAGGAGACAGACCAUCAGAGAAACCUGGGGCAACUACAGCACGUACAAACAAAUGUCCAAACUGUACAAAGCUGUCAGGCAGAAAUACGCCAAUUACAAUUACACAUAUGACCUGUACACGGAAGCCUAUGUUAAUAGAGCGUACUCCAGGGUGAAACGAUACAUAUCCGGCUUUAACCAGCUGCUACCGGGACUGGCUAAAGCCUUGCAGGAAAACCUAGUGAAUGAGAAGACUGAUGAUAAAGUACCUGAAGAAAAGAGGUUCGAUGAUGACGUAAUGUUGCCAGAAUUCGACAUGAACGAACAAUUGGGGGAUCAAACCGAAGCUAAUUAUGAUUAUUACGAUACAAACGUUAUGAAAAUCCCUCCUAGAGGGUACGAGGAAUCGCCUGAUUUAGAAAAAGUGUUGUCAAUGUUAAAAUUGAAUAAGAAUUUUCGGAAAAUGAAAGAUGAGAAUAUUGAUUUUGGCAACACUGAGGUGGAUUAUAAGGUUGUGUUUCUGCUGGGAUUGCCAGCGAAUGAUAAUGAUUCUUAUAUUCAAAAUAAGAUCGAGGAGGAGGUCCAGCAGUACGGGGAUAUCAUUCAGGAGAGGUUUAUAGACUCCUACAGCAAUUUGACCCUGAAGUCUAUCAUGCUGCUGAAGUGGAUCACCAGUAAUUGUAACAAUAGUGUUCGCUACAUAUUGAAGUCUGACGACGAUAUGUACAUCAAUGUACCGAAUCUCAUGGAUAUACUAAAGAACAAAUCGAAGGAAUUCGAUGAAAAAUACAAAAUACAGAACUCCAAAGAAUAUCUCCUUAUGGGACAUCUAAUAUGUGGAGCCAGGCCGAUCCUUGAUUCUAGUAAUAAAUGGUACAGUCCAAAAUACAUGUACGGCGGUAGGGUGUACCCUAAAUAUCUAUCUGGGACGGCCUACGCGUUUUCAUGGGACGCAGCCAACGCCCUCUACCGAGCAGCUCUAAGAACUAGCUACUUCCAUCUUGAAGACAUAUUUAUUACUGGUAUGUGCGCUGCCCGUGCACGUCCACGGCUGAUUCCUAGCAACGACUCGAGCUUUUCCUACCAAGCCGGCGUGGGGGACUGGGUCAACUGUAAUUGCCGUGCGUACGCGCACGCCACCGAACAUCGCAUCCCAUUGGAGAAUAUCCGCAGACUGCAUCAGCAGCUGCAGAAACCAGAUUUACUUGAUACAUGUGAAAGAAUACGACUCACUCAGUUGUACAGUCUCUUCUGUGCCUUUAAGGUUUAA